AUUCGAUAAAGAUCGGGAAUAUACAAGGAAGGGUAGAAGUUGCGCGUUUUUAAGCGCUCAUCAAAUGGAUGUGUUGGGCGAAAGAAAAUAUUCUGUCAAAUGUCAAACUUCUGUUCAGCACCAAGUCAACUACAUCAUAGGUACUGACGUAGUCUUGGAACAAUAAGUACAUCCACUAUUGAAUAAAGUGAACGUGUUUGCAACUUUAUUGCUUGAGAAAGAAAUAUGGCACCCCGGGCUGGUACCGACGAUGUUUCGGACAAAGAGCGCCUCAAAUCCGCCCUCUGGUACGCAAUCGGAAAGAUGGUUGACCACGAGGCUCUCAUCUCAGGUCAUAACGCGACUCCGCAGUUCAUCGGUGCAUUGACCGAGAUGGUGUGGACGCAUAUCGAGAACACCAGCCUCGACCUGGAGAACUUUGCUAAGCACGCUGGUCGAUCCAUGGUGAAUACGGAUGACGUACUGCUGCUCGCGCGGAGGAACGAAGGACUGGACGCGCUCCUGCGGUCGUUUGUGGACCAUAUCAGGGCGGAGCAUGGGUCUGGCGGUGGAUCAAAGAGGAAAUCUUGAUUUUGUUGAGUCUUGCUCCCUAUGCUAUUGAUUUAAGAUGAGGAAUGAUGGUGUGGUUCUGGUGCUCAGCGGAGUCGGUUUUGGGAAACGGAGCAAGGAGAUGGCGUUUAGAUACCACAAGCAGUUUGACACAGGAAAUUGGUGUAGGGCGCUUCAGUGUUAGGAGAUAUCGGCAUUAUUAUGCAUUCGUCGUCUACCGUCUAUUGUACAUGACUAGGUCCAUCUGCAGAUCAUCAAAGCGAACCACAGCUUCUCACGAACAGGCUAUGUGGUACCGUAUAAACUAUAAAUCCACCAUGCAUCCAUGGAAAACACCCUUAACGCCUCUCCCUCCAUCAAA